UAAAACAAGAGGAACCAGAAGCUUGGAGAAUAAAGCACGAGGAACAAGGAGGCCUGAUGAAAGUGAAAGUGGAAAAUCAAGAUCUGAAUGAAGUGGAGGAGAAACAUCAGGAUCAGAAAGGUCAUGGUGUCACUGGAGAAAAAUCUGUGAGUUGUAGCGUUCAAAUAACAGACGUCAAAAGGCCUUUCAGCUGCUCUCGGUGUGGAAACACUUACAUACAUAAAAGAAGCCUUAUGAAACACAUAAGAAGUCAUAGUGAGGAAGAGCCUUUCAGCUGCUCUCAGUGUGGAAAGAGUUUCACAUGUAACAGAAGCCUUGAGGAUCACAUGUUAAUUCAUACUGGAAUAAAGCCUUUCUCCUGCUCUCAGUCUGCAAACACUUUCAAACAGAAAGAAAGCCUUAUGAAACAGAUGAAAAUCCAUAGUGGGGAAAAGCCUUUCAGUUGCUCUCAGUGUGGGAAAACGUUCACGUGUAACAAAAAUCUUAAGGAUCACAUGUUAAUUCAUGCUGGAAUAAAGCCUUUCAGCUGCUCUCAGUGUGGAAAGAGUUUUACACAGAAAAUACACCUUCAGAAUCAUCUGGUAACUCACACUUUAGAAAAGCCUUUCAUCUGCUCUCAGUGUGGAAACACUUUCACACGUAAAGCAAACCUUAAGAAACACAUGUUAAUUCAUACUGGGAUAAAGCCUUUCAGCUGCUCUCAGUGUGGAAAGAGUUUUACACAGAAAGGACACCUUUAUCAUCAUUUGGUAACUCACUCUACAGAAAAGCCUUUUACCUGCUCUGAGUGUGGAAAGUCUUUCACACGUAAAGGAUACCUUGAGACUCACAUGUCAUUUCACACUGGAAGUAAACCUUUCACCUGCUCUGAGUGUGGAAAGAGUUUCAUAUGUAAAGGAAUCCUGAGGAAUCACAUGAUAAUUCAUGCUGGAAUAAAGCCUUUCAGCUGCUCUCAGUGCGGAAAGAGUUUUACACAGAAAGGACACCUUAAGGUUCACACUGCCAAUACACAUUUAUCUGCAAAGAACACGUAAAAUGAAAUUUUGCAUCUGAUAACAUAAACUUGUGCGCUGUGUAGUGAUGGAUAUUGUUACGUUUUUAAAGGUAUUACAGCUCUUACUGAUACUUCUGAUUCUUAUUGGUUCUUUUGACAUUUGAAAAGAAAAACAAAUCAGACAUUUUAAAGAAAUUAAGAACACAUUCAGAACAUUGCUGACCUUUUAUAGUUUCUCAGUCCCUUUGGCCCAAAUACAAAAAUGUAUUUAUUGUUCACACCAGAUUUGAAAUUCUUAAUCAUUUAAACAAACUGCAGAUGUUUUGGCAUGUGUGCCAAAGGAUAAGUAUUGUCUACAAUUUGUGCAAUAACUAAAUGAACUAAAUAACUUCUGAGACAAAUUAUUUAUACAUUUUUCAUCAUGUGUGGCUUCACAUACAAAAUGAUCCCAAAUCUGUAAAAUGUACUUAUAUACACAAAUAUCUACCAAUGUCCAACAAGAUGUAAACUUGUAGCAUUAGUAUUAUUAUUAUUUUUUUUUUUGCCUCUAUCUCUCUGAGGGAUGGCAUUUUGAGGCAGGUUUAUUUUUCCCACUGUUUCUUUAUGAAAGAAAUGUGUAAAAAAUAUACAUGCGAAUGUUAAUUUUCUGUUUACAUGCAACACACUACUACACGAAUAAAUGUACUUUACAAGUUCAAAUGUGCAUAUUCUUUCUCAGUGUAUUAUAAUAUUGACUUUUCCCUGAAAACUUUUACCUACCAUUGAAA